AUGGCUCCUUCUAACCUCCCCCCAAUUUUCAAUCCCACUUCGCAGGAUAUUGAGAUGCUGCUUGCAGCUCAAUGCCACUUGGGAUCCAAGAACUUGCAAGUGCACAUGGAGCCUUACCUCUGGAAGACUCGCGCAGACGGAAUCAAUGUGAUCAACAUUGGCAAGACCUGGGAGAAAAUUGUCCUUGCUGCCCGUAUCAUCGCUGCCAUUGACAACCCCGCCGACGUUGCUGUCAUCUCUGCCCGUCCCUACGGCCAGCGCGCUGUUCUCAAGUUCGCUUCCCACACCGGUGCCACUGCUAUUGCCGGUCGUUUCACCCCCGGUAACUUCACCAACUACAUCACUCGCUCUUUCAGGGAGCCUCGCUUGAUCAUCGUCACCGACCCCCGCACGGAUGCCCAGGCUAUCAAGGAAGCCAGCUACGUCAACAUCCCCGUCAUUGCUCUCUGCGAUACCGACUCACCUACCGAGUUCGUUGACGUUGCCAUCCCCACCAACAACAAGGGUCGUCAUGCUAUCGGUUUGGUCUGGUGGUUGCUCGCCCGUGAGGUUCUCCGCCUCCGUGGCACUCUUGCCACCCGCGAGACCGAGUGGGACGUCGUUGUUGAUCUCUACUUCUACCGCGACCCUGAGGCCGAGGAGGUUAAGGAGAUCACUGAGGAGACCAAGGUUGCUAGCGCCGACGAGGUUGGUGCUGCUGCUAUCGAAACCGGUUUCACUGGUGACAGCUGGGAUGCUGCUGGUGCCGGUGCCGGUAUCCCUGGCACCGCCUUCGCUGCUGCCACCGCUACUGCAGGUGCCACCUGGGAGGCUGAGGGUGGUGACUGGGCUGCUGAGACCCAGGCCAACCCUGAGACCAAGUGGUAA